AUGCAUUAUAUACGUUUUCUUAAGCCUCCUCGUCUGGUCGGUAGUAGGCGUGGAAAUACUCCGUUGGUGGUGAAAGCUAAAAUCACGGUUACGACUGAUCUGGGAGAGUCAUUUCUAUGGGCCGAUGUUGAUCUCGUUGUUGAGUUGACUGAUGGGAGUGGGAAUCGGCUUCUUGAGAGGGGGAAAGGUUAUACGUGGAAAGGAAGCGAGGGGAUGCGGAGUUUGGAAGUCGAGCUGUUGAUUCCUGAAUCCAGGGGCAAGGAAGCUGGAGGAGUGUUGAGGUUGUUAGUGAGGCCGAAGGAAGACUUUCAUGCCGUCGAAGACCUUGAAAGGAUAUUCGGAGACUCAAUCGAGCACGAAGAUACUGGAGGAACUGGAGGUGUGAUGGCUGUGAGAAGCAUGGCCAUUGAUAUCCCCUCGAAUCAAGGCCUGCCGAUAUCAACGAGCACGAGCAUGGCAGAGCGAACCUUCAGAUUUAGAAAUUCAGAGUUACACAUAUGGGAGGAGACAGGAGAGUCAAUCGCUCGACAUAUCUGGGACGCCGGACUAUUGUUAUCAGCCUACCUUGCAUCAACCUCUAUCCCAUCAUCAAAAAAAUCCCUACCGCCAUUACCAUCUCUGCACAAAACCCUAUCUCAGAAAGAUCUGGCAAUCAUCGAACUCGGAGCAGGCUGCGGAAUCGUGGGAAUAACUCUCUCAACCCUCUUCAGAAAGCAAAUUUCUCAAAUCCUUCUCACAGACCUUCCUGAAGCCAGCGAAAUCCUCACUCAGAACCUCUAUCUUGAAAACUCCAACUCCAAUCCCAACAAUAACCCCAGAAGGAUAUCCCACCAAGUUCUAGACUGGUCCUCUCCCCUCCCCCAAGGUGUCAGGGCGACGAAAUGGGAUAUGGCGGUCGUGGCAGACUGCACGUAUAAUCCGGACGUCGUCCCAGAUCUCGUGCAGACGCUGAAGGGGUUGGGGGAGACGAGUAGUGAGAUGCUGGUGUUGCUUGCUAUGAAGGUUAGACAUGAUAGCGAGAUGGUAUUUUUUGAUUUGAUGGCCGAGGGCGCCUUUGUGGUGCUCGAGAAGUGUAAGUUGCCGCUGCCGGUGCUGGGCGGGGAGGGUGAGGAGAUUGAGGUUUUUGUGUUUGGGGUUGGGUAG